AAAUUGACAACUAUUAUUUUCGACCGUCAAACUAAAUUAUUCAUGUCAGUUUUUUGAACAAACAGCAAAUACCAAUUAUUUUUAUGUAAAAGUGAUUUUAAGUGGAUUCAACAACAAAACUAAUUAGUUUGAUAAAAGGAGUUUUGAGAUAUGAAUUAUCAGAAGGUCCUCCAGCCGCAGCCUCAGUUCUACAACAACCAUCAAGUUUUCUAUGAAAACCCGCAAUACUUCGACGAAUCAGAAUCGUUCAUAGACAACGUGAGUUAUUCUGAAAGCGACGGUUUCAUCGGUUUUCCAAUGGUGCGGUCUGUGCCCUCUUACGAUAUUCAAGAGCUGUACAUAAGAAAUCCUCUGGCAACGGCCAGCCAGAUGCUACCUGUGAAUCAACGCAGUAGGCGUUAUUUGAACGGACAACAUGCCCUGCCGCCAGAGUAUGUUUAUGAAUUCAAAGCACGUCCUCCACCUCAUUUGAAGAUCAAACGUGAAAGCAAUCCAAUGCAGAGCUGUACUCCGUUACAUCAACAACCGUCUUGCGUCGCUCCUCGUCGUAGUGGUUCAGCAAGAAGUCAAACCAGGCCUAGAUCAGGAAAUAAUGACAUAGGAAUGCAGUUUAGAAGCUCACCCACAAUCUCAGUAGAACCGAAAGAAGUAAUUCCUGAGGAUAUAGCUAAAAGAUAUCAAUUAAGACCUACAGGACAGCCAACUACUAUCGUGCCUAAAAGAAACAUGUGUUCUUCUUCAGAAGUAGCCACAAAUUAUCAAGGUAGGGAUAAUCAAAGACCACACUUUCGAGCUCAGUUUCCUCCAAGCUACAGCAGGUCCCAAGAUGCCAGGCUGACGCAGUAUAGCCAUGGUGCUGACUCAAUCAAACCUAAGAGUCAUGGCAUUAUUGUAGAGUGCGAUGGUGAGGUCAAGAAAAUGAAUUCCGAAGGGGACGCCACUGGUUACUCAGACAUCAAUGAAUUGGAUACUAUAGGGAGGAUUGCGGCAACGCUGGACGAGGAUGAGGUUGAAAAAUUGAGCGAUAAGCACAAAAUGCAAAUCAAGGAGAUGUCGAAGUUUUUGAUACCGAGGGUUCCAAGUUCGAUUCGAUCUCUUCAAGAGAAAACACAAGAUAUGAAAGAAUCAAAUGAAAUGAGUAGCGUAGUUGAAACGAAUGAAAAUGAAGACCACAAAAUAACGUUUCGGAAAUCCCUGGAUAGUAUCCUCAAUCAGUUGGAGAACUGUGAGACUUCCUUGAAUGCAGUAAGGUCGAAAUUUUCGAACACUAGGAACGAAUCUCAAAAUUCAGAGAAGGAUGUAGAAGAGGAAAUUUUCAAUCUGAAGGAAAUAUCCGACAAAAUGGCAAAGGCACGUGAUGAAGGAAAUCAUCGAACAGAAGAAACCGAGACGAGAACCGUCGAUUCGACGAACGUGAGGUCGGAUAAUUUGACGGAAGAUAGGUCCUCGGGUUUCGACAGCCGAACUGGAUCCAGAGCCACAACUCUGGAUGACACGUCUGCCUUGGAUCUGCAUCGUUCGAAGAGCUACAUCGUGAACUUGAUUGACAGAGCACUCAGCAAAGAAUUGGGCACGAUGGCGAACGAAAGGACUGAAAGGUUCCAGGACUUGAAUCCAAUCAAAGCUGUCAAUAGAAUAGUGAGGAACACAGGGAUCGCACCUUCAGGAAAAAUAACUUCAGAUUAUGAAUCUUCCACCGUAUAUACCAAAGACGAAGAACCUACAUACAUCAAACAACUGAAAGAAUUACGAUGGGGUCAUUUCAAGCACAUUCAACAAGAGGUGAAGAGGCUAGAGGAUUUGGAGAGGUUUCUGGAUCACUGCGCUAACUCAGAUAUCAUCACACCCUGAAACGGUGAAGUUUUUCAAUAACAAUUUAUAUUGUAAAAUUUUGUCACAGGUUAUUUACAAAGUUUCUAAAUAUAAUCUUUUAAAUAAAUAUAAAUAAAACUAA